AUGGAAUGGUGUAUGAACCCAAUAGCUGUAAAGAUUGGUCCUUCAUUCUUCAAUUUGGCUGUAGCUACAAGGAUAAUAUGUUCUCCAGAAUGGCUUGGCAAUGAGGAAAUGAAUUCAAUUAUGUUUAUAUGGCGAGUGAACACAUCUUUCAAGCGUUGGACCCCAACCCAUGUUGCUUUCAUGCCCUCCAUCUUCUGCCUCCAAAUGGACACUGAAUUCAACAAGUUUGUCCCGAACAAAAAAACUUAUGAAUUGCAUGAGUUUCUUAUUUCUUACGGUAGAGGAGAGCUUCCAGCUCAUGGGCGGACUGAUCAAGUCUGGGGUGUCGAUGUUGAUCGUCUCUAUUUUCCUCAGUUUGUAAAUGUUAAUCACUGGAUUGCUGUCUGCAUCAACAUCAUUGAGAGAAAAGUGGAAGUCUUUGAUUGCAAUAGAGGAAGGAAUAGGCAAUACGUUGAGAAGUUUGCGGCUUUGAUUCCGCGGAUAGUGAAGGCCGUUGCACCACCCGAAAGCAAGAAGCAGCUACUCGUAUCACCAUAUUCUAUAGUAGAUGUACCGAUGAAGGCGAGGUUGAACAAGAGUUGUGCUGAUUGCGGAGCAUACGCACUUAAACACUUGCAAUGCCAUCUCCUUGGUCUCGACCUCGGUUUAGUAAAUGACGAAAUCAUCCAGGGCUGCAGACAGAAGAUUGCUGUGGACUUAUGGGAGACAACAUUUUCUUAA